AUGCAUGCCCAAACCAACUCUUAUAGCCUCGGCUCAAAGUGCCGGGAUGAGAGAGAAAAGGCUGCAUGGGCUGAUUGUCUUGAGCUCUACGAUUACACAAUUCAGAAACUCAACAAAACUAUUGAUCCAAACACUAAAUGCAGCCAAGUUGAUGCUCAGACAUGGCUCAGCACAGCCCUGACCAACCUCGAAACCUGCAAAACCGGGUUCAUGGAGCUUGGGGUUACAGACUAUGUCAUGCCCUUAAUGUCAAACAAUGUCUCUUCCUUGAUCAGCAACACUUUGGCCAUGAACAAAGACCCAUAUGGCGAGCCCAGUGGCCCGAGUUACAAAGAAGGGUUCCCGAGUUGGGUCUCUUCCGGUGACCGGAAACUCUUACAAUCAGCAUCACCGGUUCCUACGGCCAACAUUGUGGUGGCACAAGACGGGUCCGGGAACUAUAAGACGAUAAAUGAGGCCAUCACCGCCGCAUCGAAGCGGUCGGGAAGUGGGGGGUAUGUGAUUUAUGUGAAAGCAGGGACUUACCAGGAGAGUGUUAAUAUAGGAAACAAGUUGAAGAAUAUUAUGUUAUUGGGUGAUGGUAUUGGGAAGACUAUUAUUACAGGAAGCAAGAGUGUUGGAGGAGGCACUACCCUCUUCAAAUCUGCCACUGUUGGCAUUUCGAUCGGAUAGAUGGACGAGGAUAACCACCAAGGGAGAGGGUGGUGCUUGAUGGGUAUCACCUCCCUUAUAUUGGUGGAAAGUUGAAGAGAGAAUCCAUGAACAAUCCUUCACAUAUCUCUCCCUCUCUGGCGAUGGAGAUUUGACUGUUGUUUGAAGGGAAGGGGAUUGGUUUUAUUUUUUCCUAUUUUUUAGAUUUUUUUGGAAGUGACAAAAAAUGUGAUCUAAAGAUGGAGAAUUUUGUAUUUUCAACAAACUUUUAGAUCAUUUUAUUUUAACUUUGAGCUAAUUAUUCCUCAAAUCCUAAAGAU